CAACAUCACCACCACCAAACAACCACCAUCCCCCCCACACACACUGCCCGGGGCACGCGACAUCGUCAGCCACGCAGCAAAACCUCGUGGGGCGAGGCUCUUACUGCCUUCUUCUUUUGAGACAUUUCGCAAACAGUGUUCGUAACACAAUUCACGUUGUCUCCGCGUGUGAACCCAUCCCAGGGUGACCUCGCUUGCCUUCGCGGGGCAAUCAUUCGAACGGUAUUUGUAUUCUCCCAAAGCCUUCGGGAGAAGUCGACACGGAGCAUGCCGUACAUCUUGAUAAGCACACAGAUAAGGCUGGAAUCGGGGCCAACGACGGUUGGCGAUGAACUCUCGGAUCCUGAACUCAUGGCAUUCCUGGGAGCCCAGAAGGUCACGGAGCUGGGAAACAACUUUUCUGAGUACCGCGUGCAGACGAUGCCACGCGUCGUUCUGGACAAGCUCGCGUCGCGCGGGUACGAAGUCGUCUCCAUGUGUGGCGUCGGACAAACGCUCAUCUGGUGUCUCUACAAACCCUGAGGGCACGCGCUUCAAGUCGGCGCCGGGCCGGCAAGCCAACCCCGGCCACGGACUGAUCUACCACGAUUUGUGUUUUUUUUUGAAGGGCGAAAGAAAACUGGCCCUGUUUGCCGGCAUCACGGUCCAAAUUUGAUCAAUUACUUGCAGAUUUAUAAUUGGGAAAAAAAAACACGUAGCAAGACCACCCCUAACCAAUGAAUGCCCACUUACAGGCCGAUUCAACCUUCCCCGUUUAGCUGCACAGGGACAGCUGCCACUCGGUUUCCCCUUGGCUAAACUGCAGCAGGGCAUUGGAAUGGUUGAGAUGAGAUGUAUGUGUAUAUAUGUUGAAACUUCUUUCGCACCGUACGUAGCCAACCGUGCUAAUCGGAGGUGUGGGGGGAAGGACAACGAACGAAACACAUUGAAAGUAAGUUGCUUCGAUUUGCGGAGACAUUUCAACAAGCGCCCUGUAAAUGCAAAUCCUUACAGAUACAUAAUUAAUUUGUUUCCACUGUGCUGCUGAUCAUGGUCAUGAGUUGUGAAUUUGUGCGAUCUUGACUUUGGCAUUCCCAUUGAAAAAAAAACCCACGUCAUUUUUUAAAAGUUGGUUUUCUGUCGUGUGAUUUUUUUUUUUACGUUCACCACCCCCUCCAAAAUUAUAUUCCAGUUGUGCUAUCGGAAUCACUUAAUGAGACAAAAGACAUUUAGAGUUGUAACUCUGCAGGUAAGGGUGCAUCAGUGCAUCACCCUGUGUCAGAGAAAACGGCCCUGGAAAGAAGACCUCACAACGACCCCCUUUAGGUCAUUUCCAAGUUGGCAUCUUUAUCCACACUCAUAUAUUGCACGCAAGGAGUAAUCUUCCCAUGGCAAACACAUUCCUGCGGAGGGAGCUGGUAGGAACGUUGGGUUGCUCGGUCAAUGGCCAGGGUCAACGGCGGCGUGGUGUAUUCCGCAAAUAUGGCCGACUGUGAGGGCGGGCAAAAGCUGGCGUGAGUAGGUUAAACAUUGCGUUUUAUAAGGGCACCACGGGGUGACCAGCCCCUCCCCACCCAGCCCCACCCCUCCCACCCCCCACCCACCCUCCCCACCCAGCCCCUCCCCACCCUCUCCACCCAGCCCCUGCCCACCCUCCCCUCCCCACCCAGCCCCUCCCUCUCCACCCAGCCCCACCCCUCCCAUUUUUGGAUGCACGACAGACGGACGGACACAAUAAUCCCCUGUGGGCUGGUGGAACCAGGAGGGUCCUACCAGUAUUAAAGCUGAAAUAUAGCCACGUUUCUAUUGUGGGCAUUGGCGAAUGGCCUGAGACCUUUAAGUCACUACACUUGAGGACUCGGAGGUUGCGCGGUUUCACGAAACAGGGCAGGUUCAGCCUCGAGUUCUCUGUUGCGUUCGUGCGUGCAAGGCACAGUGCCUACUGUGCCUAGGGACUACGGAAACUGAAGGACCCACGAAAAAGAUGUUGACCAUGUUUUGUUUUGUUUGUGUGUAUGUUCAAAAAUGUAACCCAAGAUAUGUUAUUGAUAAAUAUAUUUAUAUAGCCAGGAUAGGCACAGUGUGUAUACAAAGAGGCAGAGUCGUGUCAAUUGGUUUUUUUUUCAUAAGUUGAGAAAUUAACAACCGGAGAUGAAUUUAGAGAUUUUUUUUCUAAUUGCAAAAUUUUCAAUAACAGCUUCCAAUGGUGUUUUUCGCACAAUCUCAUUCUCAGUAGACAGUAGUACAAUGAAAGACAAUCGUUGUCCUAUAUUUAAUCGGAGAGUUUUUUAAAAUCAACUUUAGCGUGUGACAGCGGCGGUAGCAACACGGGGCAGCAGCAGCAUCAGCAGUACCAACUGUAGAGACUUGUCACUGAAGGCCUACGAAACAGAAAUGCCUCGGGCUGACAAGAACAUGAACCCGGCCCCGAGUGCGUGUUAAACACUUUGCAACGUACGACCCUCAUCAGCAGUCAACCGAGUAGGUUACCUCCCAUGCAAUGUGACAUUAACACCGAUAGCCACUGGUUGUGUGCGAAUAUAAUUUUCACUACGUGUGUUGCGGUAUAACUGUUCAAGCUCAUACAGAGCGAAAUCUGUGUGUGUGGGGGGGGGGGGGGGGGUUCUACGUAAGUGCGCAAAACAACGCAUCGCUGUGCAGAAACGGUGAGAAAGCGUUGGUCGGUUGGUAGGACAGCCGUUCAUUCGCAGAAGAAUGUCAAGGAUGACGUUGAGGCUGGACUUGAACAGGAGCAGGGAGUCGACAGCACGGACUGCUGGGGUGGGGGAGGGACAUUCCAGACAAUGAGGGUAGCAGAGGAGGGAGAAUAAGCGAGCCUCAAUUUGUGCUUCGUUUACUGCCGUGCAGGCGUCAACCCUCUCGGACGGAUCAUGUCGCAACAACUUUCGUGUUCUAAUUUUCAAAUGAAAAUACAUCUGAAAUAUUUCCGCAUUAAAGAC